GUUCCCUCGAAGUUCCUGUGGUCGCUUUCUAAUUAUCUUUUAUCAAGGAAAAGGAGAAAAAAAUAUGAUCAGAUUUUGGGAUUAAUUUAUUUCACCAAACCCGAGGCCAGGGAGGGAAAUGAUGAGAUGAGUGAAGAAGUGGGUGUUUUUGCUAAUUUGAAAUGUGGGUUUUCAGUUCCAUUCUCGUUCGGUGUUGGAUUUGAGACCAGGUUCCGGAUUCGGAGGUGGCGCCACAAGCCCCACUCAGAAAGCUUCUGUUCUGAUGAAACUGGAUGAAAUUGAUAAGUGUAGAGUACCAAAGGAUGAAAUGCAAGAGGGAGGGCUUUCCCAUGAAGAUCCAACCAACCUUCGUUCCAAGAAACUUCAAGAUGAUCUGCAAACGCUGGGGACGAAGCUCCAGCUGCAUGAGGACAACAUAAGAUUUCUAAGGACUCUGAAAGACAAAUUAGUUGAUUCCAUCAUUGAUCUGCAAGUUACCCUAGGAAAGUACCAUGCUUCGAGUACGCCUAAGAUUGAGACCCAGGAUGGUGCUGAUACCCAAAGUGAAGAUAAGCUAUCAGAUCAGAAACAGAUUCUGCAGGAGGAAAACAGUGCUGCCAGCAUCUUGUGCCAGCUCAAAACUAAUCCCAAGAUGCUGGCUUCAGACCCUACACUUUCUGAUGAUGUGCUAGGUGUUGUUGCUGAACUAGGAAAAGUAGAUGACAGUGUCCUUAGCAGCCUUUUAUCAGAGUACCUAGGAACAGAGACCAUGUUAGCUAUUGUCUGCAAGACAUAUAAUGGAGUCAAAUCUCUAGAAAAGUAUGACAAGGAAGGAUGCAUAAAUAAAACAUCCGGGCUUCACGGAUUUGGCACUUCGCUUGGGAAAACUUUAGAGGGACGAUUCAAUGUCAUAUCUCUUGAAACAUUGAGACCAUAUGCUGGUGACUUUGUGGCCAACGAUCCGCAGAAAAGGCUUGAUAUUCCCAACCCAAGAUUGCCUAAUGGGGACUGUCCAGCCGGUUUUAUUGGUUAUGCUGUUAAUAUGAUCAACAUAGACAGAACAUACUUGUUUUUUCUCACAGCAAGUGGAUAUGGUCUUAGAGAGACUCUGUUUUAUUCUCUAUUUUCUUGUCUGCAAAUCUAUAAAACUAGGACAGAAAUGUUGCAAGCUGUUCCUUGUAUAACCGACGGAGCGCUUUCUUUGGAUGGCGGGAUUAUUAAAAGGAGUGGACUGUUCUGUCUCGGCAAUAGGGAUGAUGUGAAGGUGAGGUUUUCCAAGACCUCAACAAAUUCAAGCCUGCCUGACCAUUACACAGAAUCUGAGAGACAGAUGAAAGAAAUGAAAUGGAAAAAAGAAAAAAUUCUUGAAGAUAUGAGGAGAGAACAAGCGUUGCUAGACAGCACGAGGCUCAAUUUUGAAAGAAAGAGGGUGGAGUUUGUGCAGUUCCUAGCUGAAACAGCCGCUCGGCAACAAACUCCAGUUGCAAUGGGGAGAUCGGCUGGACGGUGAUGCUGGGCAGAGAGGGAUCGGCCAACGACGAUCAAAGGGGAGCCAAACGUGUCGGUGGAUGCAUUUUGGUUUACUGUCUGAUAUGCAUCAGUGUUGGAAAAGGUGAUGCCCUUUUCAAGAGGGGGUGUAGGAAGGAAAUGGGAGUAUUUUGCAAUGCCAAUUUUGAGGUGUAAGAUAGAUUGUGGUUCUGUAAGACCAUGCCUCCUGUAUCAAGCUUCCUUUGAACUGUUCUGUGAUGCUGCCAUUUCUUUCAUCCUCCAUGCUCUCCAUGUCCUUUGUUUAAUGGCUAUUUAUCAAGAUGAGUUCAUUAAACCCAUAUUAAUCUUGACGAUGCCUUCUAUGUGUCUA